AACGACAAGGAAUUGUGGAAACUGGAAAUCCAAGUCGGUCUUUUCCAAAAAUGUUGAUUAUUUCUUUAAAAACUGCGAGAUGAACUAAUAAAAUAGUAAUAUUGAUUUCGACAAAUAAUAACAUUUUUAUAUAAUAGUUUUAUCUUUGGCAUCAGUUUUUAUUCUGAAAACUAACAGAAUGUCACUUCUUCGAAAAACACAACAAUGGGGUACAUUUAGUCGUGUGUGGCACAUUUAUGAUGCGAAAUGGCAAGAUCCAUUCGAAAGUGCAAAACUCAUAAAAAAAUAUCUUAUGGGAUUGUACAAGCCCAUAUAUCACCCAAUGAAUGAUUGCGGUGACAACGUGGUAGUAAUAAACAGUAAACUUAUCGCCUUGAAAGGAGACGAAUGGAGAAAGCGUGUUUUUUUCCACCACACUGGAUACCAUCGUGGCGAUUCUUACACCCUCGCUUGGGAAUUGCACAGCAAAGAUCCCACCCUGAUUGUGAAAAAAGCAGUCUACAGCUCGAUGACAGGAAAUUUGCAACGUCGUUACACAAUGCAACGUCUGCACAUUUUCCCGGACGAAAAUAUCCCGGAACGUAUUUUGGAAAAUGUGAGCAACCAAAUUAAGCAACUCAGGCCGGUGCCAGUUAGGCUUGAUCACAUACCGAAGGAAGAAGUUGAGCAGUUCCCACAACUCGUGAAGUUGCCGGAGAAUUACGUGGUUCGAUAAAAUCUGCUUAAUUGGAAUUUAUUUGUGAGUGUAGAUCAAGAAUAUAGAGUAAUUUGUAAAUA